AUGUGUGCUGCGGAAGAUUUCGAUUCCUGUAAAUUAAUAUUUGAAGAAAUAUCCAAUAAAGGUCUUAACCUAGGAUUGAAUGCUGUGAAUGAAACCGAGUCUGCUGUGAAUAAUUUUUUUAUAUUGAACUCGGAAACAUUGAAUGAACUGCAACACCAUCUCAAUACUCUUUCUUGUUUUAAACUGCUUCAUACAUUACCCGAAGAAACUCUCAUUAGAGUCCUUCAUAUCCUACAUCAUAAUGUAAUCUCUGUUUUUUCUGAAGACUUUGACCGUCUCAAUUUCAAAUGGGUAGACAAUGAAGAAAAUUUCAUUCGUCUCUCGUCUAGCAUCAAUGCUGCUGUCGCUCUUCUCAAGAUUAUCACCUGUCACAAAAUGCCUAUCAAGGUUCUAAAUGAAGACAUGAUUGCGAGAGUUUCUAAACUUCUCAAGAUUAUCAUGAAUCAUGUUCUUCGUCCAACUCUGACAAGUACCCGAAAGGAGAUAAAACGAGUUGGCAAGAGAUCUCGUUCAUCUCGGAUAGAGUAUCCUAUCACGAUCCAAUUCCUUAUUAGCAAAGUUUUAUCAAUCUUUGAAUCCUACACUGAAUUGGUUCGUCAAAACAUGCUUGAAAGUAGUUUUGUGAUUGCCCUCUCCGAAAUAGCCGUUGAGUACUUCUUCUUCUGUGAUGCUCUUGAUCUGCAAACACAGAUCAUUUUCUUGUUGGGUAAUAUUUUCACUGUGAUGACUGAAAGUUCGCAUGUUGAAUUGAUGAGAACGAUUGUGAACUACAUCUGUAAUCCAUUGUUGUGCAAACGGCAGUGGGAAGCAUACAACGAUACGAACGAAGUUUACAUCGAAGUUCACCUCAUCAUACAGAUUGUGCAAGCUUUAACAUCGCUGCCAGGUGAUGAAGACUCUCGUAAGCUUACUAAAUCCAAAGAACUUGUCAAUCAUCGAUUGAAGCAUGCUCAACAACUGCUGUCUUUCCUUUUUCGUUUCUUUAUUCUAGGGUCCGAAGAUGAUUACAGAAAGACAAUAUUCAGUUGCAUUGUUAACGAUUUUCUUCUGCUUCUCAAUAAGCCCGAGUAUCCAGUCUGUACCUUCUUUCUCACUGUUCUUGGCAAGCAUCUCAUGGAAAUCUACAAACAAAAGACGCUGGAAGUCUCUAUUCGCUCGUAUUGUUUGGAUCUGAUUGGAACGAUUGUUAUCUCCUUGAUUAAGACUCCACCGUACGUGAAAGAGUCUCCCAAGAUUAUUGAGAUCAUCUUGUCGAACAUCAAACCAGCUGGUGAUUUCAAGAACUUGAACGAAACACAAUUCUUGCAAAGAUGUCUCAUAGACUAUUUAAUUCUCUCCAAUAAGAAUUGCAUGACUGAGUUUGCUUUGAAAUACUACGUAGUGGCUUGGCAAUACCAGUUAAAGGAUCAGAUAGGGAUAGAGUUAGAAAAACUUGCUGCGAAGCAGGCGAAAUCAAAAAACAAAAAAGAACUGACGCCGAAAGCACCGUUCUCUGUCCAAUUUCUCCAGAUUCUCUCUCAUCCGAAGUAUAUUCGAAAACGUGUCAAAGAACAGCCAGCGUUACUUACAGAUGUGGAAGCUUCUGUCGUGGCACGACAUGUAACUACUGUGGGAGAUGCUUACUUGAAGUACGAACCAUUUGUCAACUAUAUACUUCAUGCAAUAACAUCGGAUUCGCCUAUUCUUAGAACCAAAGCUCUUAAAUAUAUGUGCCAGCUAGUGGAAACUGAUGCAAUGAUGCUUCAAACGGAUAUGUUGUGUCAUCUGGUGAAAGAUCGCCUUUUGUUGGAUCCAAACUCUUUCGUGAGAGAAGCAACUAUGGAUCUUGUUGGAAUGGCUAUUGCUCGAGAUGCAUCUUUUGUCGAAUUCUUUGAUAAUCAACUAAUAAGCAGACUACAAGAUUCUUCGGUGUUUGUGAGGAAGCGUGUUGCUCGAAUCUUGAGGUUUAUAAGUGAGACGUACACAGACUCUGUUGAGAUUCCCAGACUGCUGUACAACUUUCUCGGAAGAGUUGACGAUAAUGAAUCGGUGAAGUCGAUACUGGUAGAGACAUUCAUAUCAAGAUACUUCUCACAUCAAGGCGAUGACUUGUACUACUCCAGAGCAGCUAACGAGCUCAUUUCUAUUGCGCAGUUUUGCAUGGCCAACAACACUGUUAGUUUGCUAGAGUCAUUGAUUAAGAGUAUAGUAAACCAAUUCCCUAUAGCCACAUCAGCAUUAUCCAAACUAUCAAGACGUCUUAUUCAGUGUCUCCUUCCAUUCAAGUCAGAAGACGGAGCGCAGAACAGUUUGGCCGACUCUUCGAAAAGCUUUGUGUUCUCAGUUAUUUGCAUUCUCAGUCGAAUUGGAACCGCUCUGCCUGACAUACUAAUUGACCAUGUAGAUGACGUUAUUUGGUUCUUGGAGUAUGCCAUUAACAGCAAUGUCCAGUCGUCGGUGGUUAAAGAUAUCCUAUCAAGUCUUGAUCAACUGAUUCCCAGCUUGGAAAUAUCAAAUAAUGAAAGCUAUAGCAGAAUCCAUGCUGCUUGUGGGGUGUUGCUGAGGACAGGAACUAAAACGUUGAUUCCAUAUGUUACUGCCUGCUUAGCUGAAGUGUACCGAAAGUUCCCUUCUUCCGACAAUCCGAUUCUCGCCCUUUUUCUUGAAUCGUUAGAUCUUCUGAAUAAGGUGAAAGACAUGUUUGAGAACCCAUCCAACGAUCCGUUACCGUCAACAAUGGAUAACAUUUUGAGAUCAUUCUAUUCCAUCGGAGUCUUUUCUCGAUAUUUUAACUUUGAUGUGAUAUUUGCUGGGGAUGAAACAACAGAGAACCAUGCACAAGAUAUUGAUUUGACUUCUCCAAAAAGAUCGAAAGGACCUCCGGUUCUCAGGCGAUUCCGUGACAAUAUCUAUGCAGUUUUAAUUUUCUUCGCUGCCCGGGGUCAUCCAGAUUUUUCUGCCAACUCUCUAUUUUCUUUGGGACAUCUGUGUAUAACUUACAGUGAGUACAUCCAAACAGAAACGGUGUAUCGCUUGUAUGAUGCUAUUCUCUCUUCUACAAACCCUAGAGUUUUACCAUCGAAAGUUCAAAUUAUCAACAAUGUCAAAAACUUUUUGCUCUCGGAAGAAGAGAAAAUGACUGCAUCCAGAAUUGUUGUUGAUGGACGAGAUGAUCUGAAAAAAAUGGAUGCACCUGAAAAUUGCGUCAGCUCCAUAGUGAUGCAAUCGUUCUUCAAGCUCAUUGCUAAAUCUUAUAUUCACGAAGACGAAAGCUUACGGACUUCAUCAUGCGAGAUUGUAUGCGUUGCUGUUCAUCAGGGUUUCAUUAACCCAGCUGUAUGCGUUCAAGAGUUGGUUGCUAUGUCAUCAGAUCCUUUACUUCAUGUCAAAGAGAAAGCUGUGUCUGUAAUUGAGAAAGUACAAUCACUCCAUAAAGACUGUUUUGCGGGGAAAACUGGAAUGUGUUGUAUGAAGGUUUUCGAGUUGCAGCAACUUGUUCAGAAUUCCAAAGCUGCUCGUGGAUUCCGAGUUUGCGAAGGGAAUGAUGACUCCGAAUUCAAAUCAGUUAUUUGGGAUUAUUACAAGAUCUUCUCUGAUAACCGUGCACAGCGGAGAGUAGUGUUAUCCUCGCUUCUCAGCUUUUUCUCAGAAGUAAACAGUGAGAAGAUGCCCACGGAGCGACUUAUGUUCCUCGGCGAUUCUUUGAUCACGCUACCAUUUAAGACUGCUGAUGAGGUUCUUUAUCUCAUAAAACAUAUCGAUGGAGUUAUAACUCUAGCUGGACAAAGUUAUUUGCUUGCCCUGAAGGAAACUAUUUUCGAGAAAGAGUUCAAGGAACUAGAUGAUGAAGAGUCCUUUUUCGAUCAAGUACAUCUGACAGCUUGUUUAUUGAAAUGUUCCAAGAAAUUGGAGGAAGUUCUUGAGAAAGGGAAGGUGUGUAUCCUCCUACAACAUAUGAAGAUGAUAUUAACCGCGGCUUAUAACCUCAGUGAAAAAAAAAUCAGAGAAUAUUCCGUAUCUGAACCAAAGCUGUAUAUGAGAAGCAUAAGCAGAAGGGCUGUUAGCUUCAGCGAUUAUAAUGAUGCUGUGAUGCUGCUGAGAUUGAAUUCAAAGUUACCGAACAAAGAUCUUGCCUCGAAGAUAGCUUCUCAUGUCAGCCAGUUCCACACGAUGCUAUUCUCAUUAGAAGAAGACUAA